AUGGGGAGUCAAGUGUAUCAGGGUAAUCAAUCAUACCCUACUUGUCCUAAAUGUAAGAAGAGGCAUGAGGGGGAAUGCCAAGUUGGAACAAAUACCUGUUAUCAGUGCUGUAGACCCGAUCACAUUGCACGAGACUGUCGUGCGUCGCUGAGUAAUGCGCCUGCUCCUAAUCAAUUCCGGGAGAACAAUCAAGUACCCCGAGGUAACUACCAGAGGAACACCGCUCAGGCGCGGGUUUAUUCUCUUACUCCAGGAGACGCAGAGAAUGCAGAUGACAUAGUGACAGGAGCAAAACAUUCUUUCAUAUCUCUGGAGUACAUCAAAUUGUGUGGGGUAGAAACUCAGCUAUUACAUGCCGAAUUAUUUGUGGUCACACUGACUGUAACAAUAGUGCUAUGUAGAAAAGUGCUUAGAGAUUAUUCAGUGGAUAUUCAAGGAAGGAUGCUACUUGUUGAUCUAGUAGUAUUUGACAUGCUUGGGUUUGAUGUGAUUCUGAGAAUGGACUGGCUAGCCUUUAAUUAUGUCAGUAUUGAUUGUUACAAGAAAGAGGUAGUGUUCAGACCUCCUGGUGAGCAGGAGUACAAGUUUGUUGGGUCAUGCGUGUGCUCCUCACCACAAAUUAUGUCCGCCAUUCAGGAAAAAAGGUUGUUGGAAUCGGUGUGA